UUGAAUCAGACACGGAAGAACCUCCUGAACCCGGGCCCUCCAAGCCCAGUCAACUCAAGGGAGUGAAACCCGAGGCCCCGGCGCAUGUCAACGCCAAGGCUACGUCUAGCAAAAAUGGUCAGACAUCGAAGGCAGCAGUUGAAGCCGAGCCUAUGGAUGAGGACGAAGCCAGUGCGGCCUCAAGUCCUGAGGACCCGGAUGAAGGCGAGGAUGAGAUAGAAGUGGACGAAGAUUUGGACGCAGAGGAUGAAGGUGUUGCUUCCAAGAAUGCGGAAGCUGCUCUGUCAAAGACGAAGGAAGUUGACCUGCCAGGAGGUUGGAAGGCCGGAGACCCCGUACCGUACGCGGCACUAGCCAAAGUAUUCGCGCUCAUCGAGGCAACAACAAAACGGUUGGAGAAGACCGCUUUGCUCACAUCUUUCCUCCUGCUCGUGAUCCGCAGGCGGGCUCAAGGGGACUCUCAGUCUCUACUUCAGGCUGUCUAUCUCUGUAUCAACCGGUUAUGCCCAGAUUAUGUCGGCAUCGAGCUGGGAAUCGGGGAGAGUCUGCUCAUCAAGGCAAUAAGCGAAUCAACUGGGCGAAGCUUGUCAGUGGUAAAGGCUGACCUCAAGAAAGAGGGCGACCUCGGCCUCGUGGCAAUGAACUCGAAGAACAGUCAGAAGACGCUCUUCAAGCCCAAGCCUUUAACCCUCCCAACGGUGUUCAAGAACCUGAAGGAGAUUGCUCUGAGCAGUGGUCAUUCAUCCCAGAACAAGAAGGUGUCUAUCAUCACGAAACUCAUGGCCUCGUGUCAGGGCCAAGAGGCAAAGUACAUCAUCCGCAGUCUAGAGGGCAAGCUACGAAUCGGAAACGCGGAGCGCACGGUCCUUGUCGCCCUCGCACAUGCCGCUGUUCUCGCAGAACAGGAGAUUUCGAAUAAACGGUCAAGCGCGGAGAAGCUCGCUUCCCGCCUAGAAGAGUCUGCGAGCAUCAUCAAGCAGGUGUACAGCGAACUUCCCAACUACGAUCUCGUCAUCCCUGCACUCCUCGAUGUCGGAGUCGACAGGCUGAUCGAAGUGUGCAAGCUGACGCCAGGCGUGCCGCUGAAACCCAUGCUGGCGAAGCCGACGAAGGCGAUCGGAGAGGUGCUCGACAAAUUCGAAGGCAAGAAAUUCACGUGCGAGUACAAGUAUGACGGCGAACGUGCACAAGUGCACAAGCUCGAGGACGGUUCCAUCGCAGUCUUCAGCCGCAACUCGGAGGACAUGAGCAAGAAGUACCCGGACCUCAUGGCGCAGCUGCCAAGCUGCAUCAAGGAGGGCACGAAGACGUUCGUGUUCGACGCGGAGGCGGUCGCGAUCGACAAGGACACGGGCAAGCUCAUGCCGUUCCAGGAGCUCAGCCGGCGGAAGCGCAAGGACGUCAAGGUCGAGGACAUCAAAGUCCGCGUCUGCCUCUUUGCGUUCGAUCUUCUCUACCUUAAUGGCGAGCCGUUGUUGCAGAGAGACUUCGGGACACGGCGCGGGCUGCUGCAGGAGCACUUCCUGCCCGUGGACGGCGAGUUUCAGUUCGCGAAGUCGUCCGACUGCGAUACCACAGAUGAGAUCCAGACGUUCCUCGAGGAGAGCGUCAAGGACGGCUGCGAGGGUCUCAUGGUGAAGAUGCUCGAGGGCGAGCUGAGCCACUACCAGCCCAGUCGGCGAACCGUAAAUUGGCUCAAACUGAAGAAAGACUACCUCGCGGGCGUCGGCGACUCGCUCGACCUCGUCGUCGUAGGCGCCUACUACGGCAAGGGCAAGCGCACGAACGUCUACGGCGCGUUCCUGCUCGCGUGUUACGACGCAGACUCCGAGGAGUACCAGACGAUCUGCAAGAUCGGCACCGGGUUCAGCGACGAGGCGCUCCAGGCGCACGCCGCGACGCUCAAGCCACUCGAGAUGACCACGCCGCGCGGGGACGUCAAAGUCGGCGGCGCGAAGCCCGACGUCUGGCUUGAGCCCAAGGUCGUCUGGGAGGUGCUCACGGCGGACCUCAGUCUGAGCCCGAUCUACACGGCCGCGCAGGGUCUGGUCGAGGAGCGCGGCAUCUCGCUGCGUUUCCCCCGUUUCAUCCGGAUCCGGGAGGACAAGGCUGCGGAUGACGCGACGGGGCCGGAGCAGAUAGCAGAAAUGUACCAGCGCCAGGCCCUCGCGCAGGGCAGCAAGGGCAAGAAGGGCAAGGGGGGCGGCGACGCGGACGACGGAUUCUGGUAGCGGAUGUACGAUGGCGAGCUUGCUUGUGUCUUCGUGCUGUGUUUUUACGAUUAUGGUAAGUU